AUGCCGCUUUCAAGAUUACAGCUAGCAGCUGCGUUGAUGGAGUAUGACAAUGACUCUGACUUGGCUUCACCAUCUUCCAACACCGAGAUAACCUAUAGGGACCAUCGACAAUCAGCUAUCUUCCAACCCUACCAAGCUGCCCAAGCUGCCGCACGACGACAUAAGAUCCUAUCGCAACCACCUCCCUCACUUCCUUCUCCACUCGAAUCUUCCUUCGCUCUCAAUCGAGAAAAUCAGAAUCAGAAUCAAAGAGAUAGUCAUGAAGAAGGAGCAGCCGGGUAUGAUGAGAAAGGUAGACCUAAAAGUCAGAAUCAAUCGUUUAGACAAAGUACGAUAAGUGAUUGGAAUGUCACAACUACCCCCGGAUCAAACUCUAUCAUCCUUUCGAAUAAUAGCGAUCUAGAUAGACAAGAGGAAGUGGUAGAUCAAGGAGAAGGAGAUGAUCUGGGGGAUGUAGAUGUAGCGAGAUGGGGAUUACCUUCACAUCUUGUAACCAACGAUAAAUCCGCGGGUAGAAAGAAACCUGAAAAUACAAGAAGAGUAACUGUCAACUCUGUCGUUCCACAGCCUAUCCCUUCACCUAUUGGAUCCAGGGUCAGAUCCAUACAUGUUCAAGAUGUCUUGGAUGACACGGAUCUACAUCAACAGAUUAUGGCUCAGUCAGGCUAUAAUGGUAAUCAACCUCAAGAGAAAGAAAGGAGAAGAAAUUACUCGUACGAUUUUACCUCGGAUGCAUUAGCUAGUGCAGCCAGGGUAAGGGAGAUGGUUGAGAAUAGAGAAACCGCUGCUGCUAGACCAUCAACUGUGAUGGGUGUACACAGGAAUGACCUCAUGGGGCCAGGAGAUGAUACGAAUGCGAACACGAGAAGAAGACAAAUUAGUGAUCCCCGAAUGAUACCUCUUCCAGCUACUCCUGGGUCGUUAUUUGAUACUCGACCUUUGUCAAGAGGACGGACUUCGCCUCCCCCUGGGAGAAUGGAUGAUGAGUUGGAAAACUUGGAUUUAGAACAUGAAGAUGUAGGGGGAACCGAGCCCUCGAUGCCCAAUCCGUUCGCUUUACCUGCCCCACCACCUGAGUUGGGAUCUAGAUUCGAUCCGAAAGUCUUACAAACCCAACGUCAAUCGAUUGAUGAUCAUGACCAUAAUCAACGUAGAUCGUAUAGUAGAGAAUCAGAGCAGAGACCACAGCCUUAUUCUGCUAGAUCAAGAUCAUCGUUCUACGAAGUGACUUCUCCCACUGAACCUCAUUCUGGACCCGAUGAUCAACCUUUGACCAGUCCACCACCUAUAUCACGUAUAAAGGAUCCAGAGCGUACAUGGGAAGAUAUACCUACACCUGAACAAUUCGGUCGGCCAUUGAUGCCUAAGAGAUAUUCGACUUCUGCCGAAUUGCAAUUGAAUCGAUUAUCCAUGUUACGACCCAAGACACUCAUCAUGCCUUCUUUACUUGCUAAUGAACGUCCACCCGAGCCGAGGCAAAUCAAGUUACCUGAAGGUUAUACGUUGGGUGAAAAACCAUUACCUGCUGGAGCGAAGACUGAAGGUGAAAGACCAAGAUCGUCUUAUCACCCUUUAAGUUUGUCUCAGAAGACGUUUAGGAGCUCAUUGAUGGUCAAUGGAUUGAGGGAUGAGGAAUUUGUAGGAGGGACGGAGAAUGAGGGGGAGAUGGGGUUGAGACAAAGAGAGUUGGAUGAAAGUGCCAUAGAGAGAAGACCUGGUAAAUUGUAUGGGAGGAGUUUGAUGGAUGAGUUGGAAGCUAGGAAGAUGGCUCAAAAGGGGAAACAGAGAGUAUUCACAGGCGACUCACGUCCUGCCAUGAUGGCUCGAUCAACAAUGUAUGACCCACCUACCAUCUCAUUCUCCCCAACGUCCCCUCCUCAACCAGGCUCGGCCGACAGAACUCACUCCGUGCAUUAUCCCGGAGGUGCAGGUCGUGCACCGCUCCUGUCAUCCGAUUCAAACGGUGACAUUCAUCCUACCUCGCCUAACAACCUCGGCGUACCCGAUCCUCAAGGUAGGAUCGCCAAAUCGAAAUCUGUCUUUGGGGUAGAUCAAUUAUGGGAGAAGGAAAUGGCUAAAUUGAAGAUGAUCCAAGAAGAGGAGAAGAGAGCAGCGGAAUUUAGAAGGAAGAUGGAAGAGGAGAAAGAGAUGAAGAGGAAAUCAAAGAAAUCGAAAGGAAAAGGUAAAAAUAGGGAGAGUUUCGUACCGCCGCCGCCUUUCGAUAUUCCCAAAGGUACUUCGACAGAGGAUGUUUUGGGUAUAUCACCUAUCCAUAGAGCAUCGGAUCUUCCACCUGCUCUUCAGUAUAGUCCGGAGAAAGCUACCGCACAACGACCAGAGCAUACGCAUGAUGAGGAGGAAGAAGAGGAUACUGAAAAGGAAGAGAGACGUAAAUUGUCUUUGGGUGGUUUGUUCAGUCCCGCUUCGGAUGAUGAAAACGCCUCUGAAUCAGGACCUGCUCCGCAUGAUUUUGCUCAGACGCUGAAUCCACUUGCGAAAGGUACUGAACAAUCGGAUGAAGAUGAAGAUCCGGAAGAAGAUGUUCCACUUUCCAGACUAGCUCCUGCCAACGCCAAAAGUAGACAAUCUGUCUUUUCUGCCAGUGGUUCAGGUAGACAAGUCCGAACGGAGACGGAGAGUGAAUCGGAUUCAGAUGAAGAUGUACCUUUAUCGGAAUUACCUAUCGCAACUCGAUCACCAUCCUUUACCACACGCGUGACAAAGCCAUUAGGAACAUCUUUAGGGUUGAAUUUACCUUCUUCUUCUUCAUCCAUCUCUAUACCUGGUGUGACCCACAGUAGUGGUCGAUCCCCUCUAUCGGCAGAAGUAGAUGACGAACAAGCUGAAGAUGAUUUACCACUCGCCGUUCGACAGGCCAAAUCAAAAGGUCUCAAACCUAUAACCAAAGCUGAGAUCAUAGAAGAUGAUUUACCGUUGGGGUACAAACAUGCUGAGAAAGCUCAAGCGCAAAUGGCUCAGAGGCAAUUCGAACAAGAUCAAGAGAAUAGUAGGAAUUCAAUGAUGAGUUUUGGUAAUGGACCAUAUCAUGGUCAAGCUCAAUCUUGGAUAGGUCACCCACAGAUGCAAAUGCAGAUGCCAAUGGGACCAUACGGUGGAACGGGAAUGGGAAUGGGAAUGGGCUAUAAUCCGAAUAUGUCGAUGCCUAAUUUAGGUAUGGGCAUGAACAUGAACAUGAACAUGGGAAUGGGAUUCAAUCCCUAUCAAAUGCCUCCGAUGAACAUGAGUGUCAACGAUUUCAACCCUGCCGUGAAUGGGAAUAAACCCGGAGAAGCUAUUGAUUCAUGGAGAAAAGAUGUUGCGUUGGCGCCUGUGCCGACGGGGGAUAGUAGUCGGUUGAGUGGGGGUGGGAGUAUAAGGACGUAG